AUGAUAAACUAUGUGGAUACUUAUGAAGAUUAAAAACUAGUGUAGUUUGAGGAAGAACUUGAAUUAUUUGGGUUUUUGAGUUCGCCAAAUACUCUAAUUUUGUCGGACCAAGGUUCAAGCUCUUGCGUUGAUUAAGAUUCGAAUUUAUCGACUCCUUAACAGCAAGGAAUUCAAAAGAUAAAAUUGCCAAUCCAAAGAAGACGUCCUCCAAAACGAAUUCAAUACACUUAUCAUAAGAAAAAGAAGCGUCCUGCACCUAAACCCAUUAUCCAUAUAAAAGAAAAUGGAUUGAAGGUGUGCCUCGUUAUGGAGAAACCCAAAUCCAAUGCCCAUCCUUUCUCCAACAUUGAAGAUAAGAGAAUUUUGGAGCUCGUUCUUAAGAUAGGACCCAAGUUUUACAAAAUAUCAAAAUCAUUUCCAGGCAAGAGUGUCAGCAUGGUCAAGAAUCGGUAUUACAAAUACCUUCGUUAUAGAUGGGAUGAAGUUAUGGGAAGUGAGUAUAGACACAUGAAUUCUCUUCCUGAAGAUCAGCCCUGUGAAGGUCAAAAUGAAUUCAGAUUGGAUGAUAUGAGUGAUGAACUUGAAUCUGAAUGUUGAGUGCGUUCAAGAAAAUCAGUAUAGUGACUAUAUAUUUUGUUUACAUCGAGUUAUAUAAUAUAUUUUACUUUUAUUAUA